GGUGCCGGGUGAAGAGCGGGGUAGGGGGCGGGGGGGAAUCAUGGCUCCGCGCGGCUGGCUGAGGUCGACCCUCCGCCGCGGCACUGGCGGCGGCGGCGGUGGACCCCGAGCCCACAGGCUCAGGCGGCCGCUCUGGUUGCUCCUUGCAGUGGGCGUCUUUGGCUGGGCCGGGGCUUCGGACGGCGCUGGCGGUGCAACGAGAGCCAUGGACGAGGAGAUCGUGUCCGAGAAGCAAGCAGAGGAGAGUCACCGGCAGGACAGCGCCAAUCUGCUCAUCUUCAUCUUGCUGCUCACCCUCACCAUUCUUACCAUCUGGCUGUUCAAGCACCGCCGGGCCCGCUUCCUUCACGAAACCGGCCUGGCUAUGAUUUAUGGUCUUUUUGUGGGCCUUGUGCUUCGAUAUGGAAUUCAUGUUCCAAGUGAUGUGAAUAAUGUGACCCUGAGUUGUGAAGUGCAGUCAAGCCCCACUACCUUAUUGGUAAAUGUUAGCGGAAAAUUUUAUGAGUAUACACUGAAAGGAGAAAUUAGUUCACAUGAACUCAAUAAUGUUCAAGACAACGAAAUGCUUAGAAAGGUUACUUUUGAUCCUGAAGUAUUUUUCAACAUAUUACUUCCUCCUAUCAUAUUUUAUGCAGGAUAUAGUCUGAAAAGAAGACAUUUCUUUCGAAACCUUGGGUCUAUUCUAGCAUAUGCUUUUCUUGGAACAGCAAUUUCUUGUUUCGUAAUUGGGUCAAUAAUGUAUGGCUGUGUAACACUGAUGAAAGUAACCGGACAACUUGCGGGAGAUUUUUACUUUACAGACUGCCUGCUGUUUGGUGCCAUUGUAUCAGCAACAGAUCCAGUGACUGUUCUUGCCAUAUUCCACGAGCUUCAAGUUGAUGUUGAACUCUAUGCACUUCUUUUUGGUGAAAGUGUCCUCAAUGAUGCUGUUGCCAUAGUGCUGUCUUCCUCAAUAGUGGCAUACCAGCCAGCCGGAGACAACAGCCACACCUUUGAUGUCACAGCCAUGUUCAAGUCUAUUGGGAUUUUCCUUGGGAUCUUCAGUGGAUCUUUUGCGAUGGGUGCAGCUACUGGAGUGGUGACAGCUUUAGUGACAAAGUUCACCAAACUACGGGAGUUCCAGUUGUUGGAGACAGGCUUGUUCUUCUUGAUGUCCUGGAGUACCUUCCUCUUGGCGGAAGCGUGGGGUUUCACAGGUGUGGUUGCAGUGUUGUUCUGCGGCAUCACACAGGCCCAUUAUACAUACAAUAAUUUGUCCACAGAGUCUCAGCAUAGAACUAAACAGUUGUUUGAGCUUCUCAAUUUCUUGGCAGAGAAUUUCAUCUUCUCCUACAUGGGACUGACACUGUUCACCUUUCAGAACCAUGUCUUCAAUCCAACAUUUGUAGUAGGAGCAUUUGUUGCUAUUUUCUUGGGAAGAGCUGCCAAUAUUUACCCCUUGUCGCUCUUGCUUAAUUUGGGUAGAAGGAGUAAGAUUGGAUCAAAUUUUCAACAUAUGAUGAUGUUUGCUGGCCUUCGUGGUGCAAUGGCAUUUGCCUUGGCCAUUAGAGAUACUGCCACUUACGCACGGCAAAUGAUGUUCAGCACCACACUUCUGAUUGUGUUUUUUACUGUGUGGGUAUUUGGUGGCGGCACCACUCCCAUGCUGUCAUGCUUACAUAUAAGGGUUGGUGUUGAUUCAGACCAAGAGCAUUUGGGUAUUCCUGAAAAUGAAAGAAGAACUACCAAAGCAGAGAGUGCCUGGCUCUUCCGGAUAUGGUACAACUUUGAUCAUAACUAUCUGAAGCCUCUGCUGACACACAGUGGGCCUCCCCUCACGACAACGCUCCCUGCCUGCUGUGGACCUAUCGCAAGAUGCCUCACCAGCCCCCAGGCUUACGAGAACCAGGAACAAUUGAAAGAUGAUGACUCCGAUCUUAUUCUCAAUGAUGGUGAUAUUAGUUUGACCUAUGGGGAUUCUACUGUGAACACGGAAUCAGCAACAUCCGGUGCCCCGAGGAGAUUUAUGGGAAACAGUUCUGAAGAUGCCUUGGAUCGGGAGCUUGCAUUUGGAGACCACGAACUGGUCAUUCGGGGAACACGCCUGGUUCUUCCUAUGGAUGAUUCUGAACCCCCAUUAAAUUUGUUAGAUAAUACAAGACACAGUCCAGCCUAAACUAAACUUACUAAUACUCACUUAGUGAUUUGUAAAAUUUGCACAUGUGAUUGUGAAGAAAUUCGUACUACCUAAAAAGUCCCAGUGCAUGUCUGAAUGUUUAAGCUAUAUAAAUGCUAUUUAUAUGGCAUUGAAAGAAUAUAAUUAUUGUGUACAAGGCAGAUUGUGAACAAACUCUUCUUUCAUGUUUUAUUGGCUGCAUUAUGUGGAUUGGAUUUGUUUUAGAAAGUUAUUUUCACAGUGAUGUUGUGUGUUCCGUUAGCUUUCUGUCUCAGUUAAAAUAUAAAAAGUGACAGAUUUACUCUUUCUUAUAUUGACCUGACACUUAAACCAGAGUACCAUGUUUUUGUGAUGUGAAUUAGUUUUGUUCCGUGGGAGGAGAAGGGGAGAAGAAAGAGGGAAUGUUUUUUUCUGGGGGAGCCCAGGGAGGAAAGGUUCCUUUGUUGGGAAACUUAAGUUGAUUGCUGCUGCCUUUGUCCUGACCUUUUUCUUUCCUUUUUCUCUGGUGGCCCGUUGUGGUGCAAGAGGCUGAUGGGUUUUGAUCCUGCCCCAUUCAGUUGGAGAAUAACAUGCAGGGCCCUUUGUCCCUUGCCAUGAAAGAACUGAUUCCUUGACUACAGUACACUGCUGUUGGGAAAAGAAGGCCACCAGUGCCUUCCGAGACUUUUUUUUUCCUAGACCAAUUCCGUAGAAGGAGACGCAUCCAGCCAGCUUAGCCAAAGCACAGGCGUAUUAUAGUUCAGGACACUUGAUUUUGGUUUGGAGGGGCUGGGGUGGGCAGAGAGGGGUCGGAGCGUCAGAGGGGAGUCAAGAGAAUGGUGGUUUGGAGGUCUCUCUUCCCAAACAUGUAAAUACCCUAUACCAGAUACGUUUGAAUAAGAAACUCAAUUGCUGCUUACUUUUUGAUUCUGUACUUGAUCUGUAUAGCAAGCUUUAUGGUCAGAAGUUUUUAUAUGGAUUUAAAUCGCUGCUGUUUAGCAGCCAAACAGGAGCAAAAUGUAAAAAUUUUGAAGUUACUGUUUCUAACUGUCAUUUGUUAGUCUGUAGUCGGUGUUAAAAGUUAAUUUAUGAAUCCAUGAGCAUUGCACACUACACCGAAGUCGGUCAUAAGAGAAAUUCAGUGCUCUGGAGAGCUUAUUGUAAGGGCGGGGACUCCUCUGUGCAUGCUGGCAUAGUUGUCUUUAUUUUUAUGUUGCUUUUUAAUAUGAAAUACCUAAGUUGCCAUGUGUUUUUGUUUUUUACAGUUUUCAAGGAAGAACACAUAAUAAUUUCCCAUUUCAUAUUCAUAGUAUGAAAGUGGAUGCUAUUUUGUGAUGCCCAAAAGACCCAAAGGUUCAUGGAACACUUGGAAAGGGGAUACUUUCUUAUGUUGAUUCUGACCUGUUAAUGUUUCAAAAGGAAAAGAGAAAUUUUUUUUGUGGGUUUCCCCCCUCAGGUCUGAGUGGCAUUGCCUUAUGUUUUACCCCGUUUGAAAAUUGAUUUAUUUACACAGUGUUCAACUUUCCCAAUGAAAAGUAUCUUUCCAAAAAGAAAGCCAACUAUAUUUAUUCUCCCAAAGGUAUCUGUGCUGUUGUAAAUACUCCUUGAGAUUUUAAGGGACUUCUCCCGUUGUACACUCGAGUGGCAGCUCUAACUGUUGGCAGGGCCAUUUGUUAUGUAGUGAUAGCAACUUUCCUGCUAUGCAGGAACCCUGUGAAGUGUGCAUUUUCUAUGAUGUGUGCCUCUUCAUACAGCCAAUAUUUUCUUGAUAGUGUAUGCUUGAGGGGCUUUGAACUUCAGCAUCAUUUACCCAUGAAGUUAUUCACAUUGUAAAAGGGUAUACAAGAAAUUAACAACUACCUUUUUUUAUUCUGUCAGCUUAGUGAGCUCACUUUAUGAAAAUGAUUAUAAAUACUUAGCAUGACAAAUUCAGGAACUCGUCUGCUUCAGCAUGCCUAAGACUUUUUCUUAGAGACACUGAUAAUGCUUGAGUCAACUAAAUCAGCCUUUGUACAUUUUCAAAGGGGAACCAAGCCUGCUGUGCUAACAUCAGCAUCUAGAUGAUUCUUCUCUAAUCUGUGUGCGCAUCUCCAAGCGAAGAAGGAAACAACAAAUUCUGCUCAUACAUCUGUUGAGUUCAGACACCUGAAUGAUCCCACGUGAAGUACAGUCAUAGUUGCCAUCACGCACAAGCAGAACUGCUCUUGGACUUGUUUUUCUGUUGUUUGUGAACUCUACACGUUUGAAUGACUUGAACGUUGCAUCUUUUAAAGUUAUUUUUUAAGGUUCCUUGGCAUUUUAUCUUAGUUGUUCGUGUUUGGCAAUGUGAUGUUAUAGUAAUAGACUUUUAAUCUUUAUGUAUUUUUUUGUUUUCACUUGGAGUACUUGGAUAAAUGUUAUACUGGUUUCUUUUAGGAAAAUCUGUCAUUAAAAAAAUUAUAGCCUUGCAAAUAACCAUUCACUGUA